AUGGCGGGUGCCAGAGAUUACGAUUAUUUGUUCAAAUUGCUCAUCAUUGGCGAUUCUGGAGUCGGCAAGAGCAGUCUACUUCUCAGAUUUGCGGACAACACCUUCUCGGAAAACUAUAUUACAACAAUCGGUGUUGAUUUCAAAAUUCGCACAAUGGACAUUGAUGGGCAAAAGAUCAAAUUGCAAAUUUGGGAUACUGCCGGACAAGAGCGAUUCCGAACAAUCACAUCGACGUAUUAUCGUGGCACCCACGGUGUCGUCGUUGUCUAUGAUGUGACCAACGGCGAAUCGUUUGGAAAUGUCAAACGAUGGCUUCUCGAAAUCGAGAACAACUGCGAUACCGUUCAAAAAGUAUUGGUGGGAAACAAGUGCGAGGCUGAAAGUCAGCGUGUGGUGCUCGAAUCGGAUGCGAGAAGCUAUGCGGAUUCUAUGAAUAUCAAGUUCUUCGAAACUAGCGCAAAAGAGGACAGGAAUGUCGAGCCGAUGUUCCAAUGCAUCACUCGUCUUGUCCUCAACGCGAAACUAGCGAAUCCCGACACUUCGUCGCCGCGUCAGAACCGAUCUGGCGGUGUUUCGUUGAAGGAGACUGGCUCGCACAAUCAGAAGAAGAAGUGCAAAUGCGGAUAG